AUGAGUUCAAUUCAAAUACCUUACCAACUGUUCCUAGUUAACUUGAUCAAUUGAGUGAAGUGACGUUUGCUAAUAAGCUGGCUACAGUUCAGUAGUUGAGUUGGGUCAACGUUUUGUAACUAGCCACUGCAGCUAGCUAACUAUCUGCUACCUAUCUAAAGAAGGCAUUUGUCACAGUGAUCGUAGUCAACAUAAAGUUGAUUGAUUACCGACAUCAGACAAGUUAAUUAAUAUCUGGAUCCAACCCUUCAGUUUGGCUCCUCAUUCACUUGUAAACCUGGCUCUGUGUUUAAAAUCAGACAAGACCAAUCAUGAGUUUUGUGGAGUAUUCUGAGUUCAUCCAGGAGGGCGAUGUUGCCAUUAUCUUCCUGGGUCAUGACUCAAUGAUGCCAAUCAAGGUGCAGCAGGGUGCCCAAACACAAACACGUUACGGAGUUAUCCGCCACUCCAAAGACCUAAUAGGACAGCGCUUUGGAACUAAGGUCACAUGCAGCAAAGGCGGCUGGGUCUAUGUGCUUCACCCCACCCCUGAGUUGUGGACCCUCAAUCUGCCCCACCGUACCCAGAUCCUCUACACAACAGACAUUGCCAACAUCACCAUGAUGCUUGAGCUCAAACCUGGCUCUGUCGUCUGUGAAUCAGGUACGGGCAGCGGGUCUCUGUCCCACGCCAUCCUGCGCACCAUCGCUCCCACGGGCCACCUGCACACGGUGGAGUUCCACCAGCAGCGUGCCGAGAAGGCAGCGGAGGAGUUCAGGGAGCACCGCGUGGGCCACCUGGUCACCGUCCGCAACCAGGACGUCUGCAAGGAGGGCUUUGGAGUGACCGGCGUGGCGGACGCCGUCUUCCUGGACAUCCCCUCUCCCUGGGAGGCCAUCCAACAUGCCAAAAGCGCCAUGAAAAAGCAGGGGGGACGUGUGUGCUCCUUCUCCCCGUGUAUUGAACAGGUACAGAAGACGUGUGAGGCGCUGGCUGGCCAAGGUUUCGAGGAGAUCAGCACUGUGGAAGUUCUCCUGAGGGUGCAUGAAGUGCGUUCCAUCACACUGCCCCUACCAGACUUUGGCCCUGACAAGCCCCUUGAGACCCCCACUGACACCCGAAUACCUAGCAAUGCAUCUGUUCUCUGUAAGACGACCACGCCCCCCAGAGAGAUGGCAGGGCACACAGGCUACCUCACCUUCGCCACCAAACCCAGGAUGUAGACGACUGACUGAUGGAGGCUGUUAGAGACAGUUGUAUGUGGCUUUAGGAGGCUACAGCUGGAGAACUUAGGUCUAAAUGCAGUGCUGGUGACUUGGCGCCUGUCCUGAGCUGAGUGGAAAGCGUCUGGUCACGGACUGAUUUACAGUAUUUUCCUUCCUCUCCACAGAUAAAACCACAUUUCACAGUCCACAGCUGACAUUGUCUUGGAAUUUUCCACUGUUAACAGCUUUUCCAAUGUGUUUGGUAGACUUCAGUACAUGUACCCACACAUACGCAAAUGUGUAAAUAGUACACAUUUAUAGUACUCGACUGGGUUCACCAGUUCUGGGAACUUCCUGAUUUAGACCUAAAUGACCAGGUGAACAGAGUUCAUAACUAACCAGUGACCUCUACUCAUGAUUUUCUUUUUAUUUAAUUAAUCACUGUUUACUUAACUCCCUUUACAUGGUCAUGUAGGUCUUAAUUACAAACAUCUCUAAAGUUGCGAACACAUGAAUACAUUUACUCUGUACGUUUUACAACGCUGCAGAUACUCAGACACUCAAAGGGGGAAGAGAAAGCUAAGUGAGAUUCUAUAAAUAGGCAGCUGAGGGUCUUGAUGCAGGCCUGUGAAGAGCUGUCUAUGUUCACUGUUAGCCUGUCAUAUGUAAUCACUCACCAUGCCACCAGUCUGUUGUUGCUUUAGUUUGUUUUUGAAAGACAUUGCCUUUUUUAUUUGCAGUUUGUUUAUUUUGGACUUAUUAUGUGGAUUUAAUUGAAUAAAGGUGAAUAUAAUGGUGUUUUUCUA